AUGUACAAGCUAACUCGUUUCGGAGAUCGCAAAGCUCAACAAGAAUUUAGGCGCGGAAACACCCUCAUUUUCAGCCAGAACACCGCUUCGUUCACCGAUGUACUGCCCAUGUCAGUCGAGGAACUCGCUGACAGUGUUUGCGUUUUAUUCUGUGCAGGGAGCCCCAACCUUGCGGAGCUGGACAAGUGUCGACCCAUGAUCGUGAAGCAGAGUCGGAUCCACUGCAAAAGAUGCUCAGGUGGUUGAUCAACGAAAGCAAGAAUUCGGCUUACUCUGCCGUCUCCUUUGAUGGCCAUCGCACAGCUCGUUCGACGCAGUUCCGGUGCGCUCAACCCGACCUCUACAGCUUCUACGGCGGUUUCAGCUUCGACUUCGACUUCGGCUUCCGUCUGCGUUGCUCCCCAAGUAUCGGAUCUACAAAUCGCCGAUGGAAACUGUCUCGUGCCCGACGUAGCUUUGGCGAAGGUGGUGACCGCAGAGACAGUGGAACCAACAUCAUCGCUCUUUGAAGGCUACACAACAACGCAUAACGACUUUGAUGAACCAGUAUUCGAACACAUACAUGUGCCGCCACCCCCUACCGACGAACCAAUUCACUCAUGGCUGCUCUUUGAGAAAGCUCUCCGUUAUUUCAACCGAGACAAGCCCACCUUUGUCAUUCCGACAGGCGACGCCCCUUUGUGGGAACCUUCGGACGAGCUCGUGUUCUCAAAGCUGUGGCCACACCUCGAUCCAUUUGGUCUCGUCGGUUUCUGUGUGGAGCCCGACCUCAACAUUUCUCUGGACGAGCAAGUCAAACAUUUGCUCAAUCUAUACGACAGCGAUUUUCGAUGCGACCCGUCUUUCCCAGUCAUCGUCUCGAACAUGCUCCGCCGACGAGAAGUAUUUCGCCAACUCGCUUUUCGGGUCCCCAAUGGCUCGAAUCGCAGCAGCACAGUUCGAAAUCGAUAUGGAUGUUUUUUCUCCGAAAUGGUCAAAGAAUCCCAAGGACACGAAAAGGUACAAGGCAACAACAGAAGCAAAGAAGCAUACCAACCGUAUUCUGGCGGAAUUGCAAAGUGUCCGAGACAAAUUUCACGGCACAACUGCGCAGAUGCUCGACAUGAGGAGUGGGAUCCGCGGAUACGUCAACGCGUUCGGUAUGUACACCCUCUUCGUCACCAUCAACCCAGCAGAUUUACACGCACCGUUGAUGACGAGGUAUCUCACAGCCUUGGGCGCAUCAAGGACAAGUUUCUCGACCAAGCAGAUACCGUUUGGGCCAACGACAAAAAGUCAUCUAAUCGUGGAUUGCAACGCUCUUCCCACUUUGAAAGAUUUGUGGGGGAAUACUGACACUCCAUGCCAUUUGAUUCCCAUGUCUCUCAGCGGUGGACACAUUCACCACACCUAGCCAGGCCGUCUCGCGCCCAAGUCGCUCCCGGAAGUCCCGAUCUCUCAACGUCAACUGAAACCACUUCUUAUAGCUGACUUCGGUGAACGCGCGAUGUGGGUCCCCGGCGCUGACGACCACAUGAUGCGAACACACUCGUCCAGACGCGGACUGUGA